CAGAAUGUAACUGAUGUUACAUUAGGAAGUUACAUUUGGGACUCAAUUGCUACAAGAUUCCAAAAUGAAGGAUGUCGACUCAGACUGUGAAGAGACUGAACUCGAUACUCUGGUCCCACAGCCAGGAUCAGCAAGACCCAAUGGCUCUCCAGACCCAACUGACGAAUUCUUCCAAACGACACGUGGGAUCCGUGAAGCCUUGAGGACUCUGGGAAGCAAAGUAAAAGAUCUAGAGAAACAUCAAACUACCAUUUUGGCCACACCCCUCCCUGAGGAUAGCAUGAAGCAAGACCUGCAAAAGCUACGUGAGGAAAUCAAGGAGCUGGCAAAAGACAUUCGGACCCGCCUGAAAAGAAUUGAGCCCAAGAAGGAUAGGGAAGAUGAGAACAAAAACUCCAUCAACGUUCGUAUGAAGAGAACCCAGCAUGGGAUCCUGUCCCAACAGUUCUUAGAUCUGAUCAACCAGUGCAAUGCAAUACAGUCUGACUACCGAGACAAGAAUCUGGAGCGCAUCAGGAGACAGCUGCAGAUCACUAACAGCGGGGCAGUUUCCGAUGAAGAGCUGGACCAGAUGCUGGAGAGUGGUCAGACGGAGGUGUUUGUUUCCAAUAUCAUGAAGGACACGCAAGUGACGAAGCAGGCUCUGAACGAAAUCGAGACACGGCACAGUGAAAUCCUCAAGCUGGAGCGCAGCAUCCAGGAACUCCACGAAAUGUUCCUGUACCUGGCCACUGAAGUGGAGCUGCAGGGAGAGAUGAUUGACAGGAUAGAGAAGAACAUCCUGGAUUCAGAGGACUAUGUCAAGAAAGGGCAGGUCCACCUUCACAUGGCUCAAGAGAACCAAAAGAAAGCUCGCAAGAAGAAGUUCAUGAUUGCCAUCUGCCUGACAGUCACGGCGCUCAUCAUCAUCGUCAUCAUUGGUGUAUCCAUUGCAGUUGGCUAGGAGGGCUCCCAGUUCUGCCUCUCCCUUCGUGCUGCGUUGCUGGAGCCCGAUGGGCUCCAUCUUUGGCUUCAUCAUGUUUCUGGAACAUCUGCCCUCUCCUGGGAGGCCUUUGCACUGAUAGAUGGCUGGUGGAGAUGCAUCCUGCCUUUUGCCCAGUACUGAAAGCACAUGCUGCCUAUGGCUGCCUCCUUUCCUGUUGCCCAGAAACAAGAAGCCCCUGAUUUCCCUGCAUCCAAAACUGUUUCCAGAUGCCUAUAACUCUCAAGAUCCAUUCUAGAGCAGAGUCUCUGCUGUGUUUAUUUUGGACUUCCUAGUUUAUUUUGUUUCGUGGCUUGUGUUUGGGUCCUGUGUUUCUCCCCCAAUGCAUUCUGUGGCCGUGACCCAUUCACAAGCAAAUGGUCAGUUCCUGUCUUGGCCUCCUCCUUAGCAGUAUCCUCCCUUGCAAUGAAUUCUAGACAGCUCCUCGUCUUGAGGAACCCCAAUUCUCCCAUUCUGAUCAUGACAGCUGUGAGUUUUCCUAACCCUUUUUAUACUUCCUGCCUUCUAAAAUCUCCUCUGCCUGCCGUAGUUCUUUAUUAUGCAUCUCGCUACAAGCCAUGUCAGUUUUUUAAAGCUUCCCCCUUAUCACACAGUAUAUUGUACAUCUUUACAAGGCGACAGGUGGAUAUUGUACAGACCUUGGUGGUGGUAUGUCUGGUCCUUCAUACCCACAGACUCAACCCUGUUAGAUGUGCCUAUGAGGGAAGCAGCAUGCAGCUCUGUUAAUUUUUUCUAACCUACUGCCUUCAUCCUGACCUUGUUUGUUGGAUUUUUGGGGCCUGUUCCAGCUGAAGCAAAGGGCAGCAAACCAAGACCUCCGGGUUCACAUGGCUAAAAUGCCUUCUAUUGGUUUUUACCAAACUGUUUGCCCUCCUGCUUUCAGUCGACACUUUUCCCAUGCCUCCUUCAUUUGUGUGGCCCUCCUCCCAGCCGCCAUGUCCCUGGUGCCUUAGAGGUUGUGUGCUCACACCCCUUCUGAGCCCUGUGUAUUAUCUUCAUCUUUUCUUUGGAUCUCUUUUCUCUCUUUGUACAAUGAAGUGAGAGAUAAUCCCAGUGCCAACCUAAAAAAGUAUUGGGACAAAACCACACAAACUCCCUCAGGAAACCCGACCACAGGCCUCGGAAUUAGCCAACUGGAAAACUUCACCCAAGGGGCUGGGGGGAAUCAAGAUCUUGAAAGGAGGGUUAUAGGAAGGAGUAGGAGUCAGAGCCCCUUGGGUUUGUCUGUCUGCAAAUCUAGCUGAAUUGGGUUGGGAAAUCAUGGAGAAAAUGGAAGCCAGGACUUUUUGGCCUUGUUCUUGAAAAUUUGAUAUUUUUCUACUUUGGAAAAAAAGAGGACUUGUCCAGAUCAAAGCAUUUAGCAAACUGUUCCAGUUGCCUUGGAGAUUGAAUGUAAAGAAAAGAGAAGCAGCCUGCCUCAAAAUUAUUUUGUAAUAUAAAAAUAAAAGCACUUUUUAGAAUGUC